CUGCAGGAAAGGGAGGAAAAAGAAGGGAACAAGAAAGCGACCCUCCUCCUUCAAUAAAAGCGCGUUAUUGAGGAACAUCUCCAAUUGCUCUAAAAAUGAAGAUUGAAGUUUCUUGAUCGAGGGUAGGUAAUGAUAUGGAAGUAGAGAGAGUAAGCGGAUUCGGGUCGAUAGAGUUCGGGAGCUGCCACUGGAUCCUCAUGAUCAUCUGCGGGUUCUACGUCUGGGGCUGGGAGUUCUUGACCGCUCUCCUCCUCUUCUCGCAUUAAACAACAACCUCUUCGAUCUCCUCUCUUAAUAAAUUCUUUAUCGAGUUAUUGACAUACAAUAAAUUUUUACGAUGAUGAUUUCAGUUAGCAGUCGUAGUCGUAGUGGCAACAACAAUAAUAGUAGGGUUAGGGCCAACGGAGGGUUGGCGCCGUUCUUGAUGAAGACGCAUGAGAUGGUGGACGACGAAGGGACGAAGGAGGUGAUUUCUUGGGGGGAGAAUGGGACGACGUUUGUCGUGUGGAAGCCUGUGGAGUUUGCGAGGGAUUUGCUGCCUGUUCACUUCAAGCACUGCAAUUUUUCGAGCUUCGUUCGGCAGCUCAAUACCUAUGGCUUCCGCAAGGUGGUGCCAGACCGCUGGGAGUUCGCCAAUGACAACUUCCGGCGAGGCGAUCGAGCCCUCCUCUGCAAGAUACGUCGUCGGAAAGCCUCUCUAAAUCCGUCCACAACCAACAAAUUGCUCAAUGACGACGACAAAGUCAAGAACACCAACACUGCCACGCCUACCUCGACAUCCACAUCUCUCGAUAUCCACAGCUCGUCCUCAACCUCGUCUCCUCCUCCACCACGACCUCCUCUUCCUUCUCAGCAUUUCAUCGAGCUCUCCAAUGAGAACGAGAAGCUCAAGAAGGACAACCAGAUACUGAACAAUGAGCUCAUACAAGCAAAGCAGCAUUGCGAGCGUCUACUCAGCUCCCUUUCAAACUAUGUUGACAUGAAUGACAUGAACACGAGUUUAUUGCUAAAAGAAGCUGCGUCAGUAGGAGUUGGAAUCGAGCAAGGAAAGACCAAUAAGAUCGAAGAAGAAAAGGCAACAGGAGAGGAUGUGGAGGCAAACAAUGUGGCAUGUCUUAAGCUCUUCGGCGUCCUGUUGAAAGCUGGGAGUGGAGCCCCGAAACGAGGACGGUGCGAAGAAGGCAGCAAUAGCGGGCGGCCGGCGAAGGUAUGUGGUGGAGGGGCACCGUGGAUGGCGAUGGCUUCUCCUGUCAGCAACUGAUGACUAAGAGAGGGAUUAUUCUCGGCAAGUGAAGUGUUUGUGGCGCAUAGAAAAAACAAAUUUAAGUGUAUUAAGUUGAAGAAUGGAGCUCAAAUGGGGCUCUAAAAGAAGGGGAACAAUUAUACCGUACGUUUUGUUAAAUUUGUAGCUAAUCACAAGAGAUCUGUUAAAGAUAAAAAGACAAUUUAUACUUCUUUU